UUCAUUAGUUUAAAAUUCGUGCAACUGUUAAGAUAUAAUAUUCGAAAUCAGACGGUCGAGUAUUCAACAGAAAUCACAUAACGGUGAUCGUUCGAGCCCUUUAAAAUCGAGCCAUUAAAAAAUAAAUCAUUCCGGAUUUAAAAGGAAAAUAUAUUGUGCUUCUCCAAAACAAUUACAGAAUAUUUUGUUAAACCAUUUAUGAGAUAGUGAUUAAAUCCAUUAAAAAAAAAUAUCUCACAUUCAUAAAUAAAAUCACAAAAUUUUUAUAAUAUUCUCUUAAAUAUUUAACAAAAUAUUAAAAAAAAAAAUUUAAACAAAACCAAAAAUCUAUUCUACGGUAAAAAGCAAAUUUAAUAAAUUAAAAUGUGUGACGACGACGCUGGUGGUCUUGUAGUAGAUAAUGGAUCCGGAAUGUGUAAAGCUGGAUUUGCUGGUGAUGAUGCCCCACGUGCUGUAUUUCCUUCAAUUGUUGGCCGACCACGCCAUCAAGGAGUUAUGGUCGGUAUGGGUCAAAAAGAUUCGUAUGUAGGUGAUGAAGCACAAUCAAAACGUGGUAUUCUAACAUUGAAAUAUCCAAUUGAACAUGGUAUCAUUACAAAUUGGGAUGAUAUGGAAAAAAUUUGGCAUCAUACCUUCUAUAAUGAAUUACGUGUUGCACCAGAAGAGCAUCCAGUUUUAUUAACAGAAGCACCAUUAAAUCCAAAAGCUAAUCGUGAAAAAAUGACACAAAUUAUGUUUGAAACAUUUAAUUCACCAGCUAUGUAUGUGGCUAUUCAAGCAGUCUUAUCAUUAUAUGCAUCCGGUCGUACAACUGGUAUUGUAUUAGACUCUGGUGACGGAGUUUCACAUACAGUACCAAUUUACGAAGGAUAUGCAUUGCCACAUGCCAUUUUACGUUUGGAUUUGGCCGGCCGUGAUUUAACCGAUUAUUUAAUGAAAAUCUUAACUGAAAGAGGUUAUUCAUUCACAACAACAGCUGAAAGAGAAAUCGUAAGAGAUAUUAAAGAAAAAUUAUGUUAUGUUGCAUUAGAUUUCGAACAAGAAAUGGCAACUGCUUCAGCAUCAACAUCAUUAGAAAAAUCAUAUGAAUUGCCGGAUGGUCAAGUUAUAACCAUUGGUAAUGAAAGGUUUAGAUGUCCUGAAUCAUUAUUUCAACCAUCAUUUUUGGGUAUGGAAUCAUGUGGUAUUCAUGAAACGGUUUACAAUUCGAUUAUGAAAUGUGAUGUUGAUAUAAGAAAGGAUUUGUAUGCUAACACUGUAUUAUCAGGUGGUACUACCAUGUAUCCGGGUAUUGCUGAUCGUAUGCAAAAAGAAAUUACUGCUUUAGCACCAUCAACAAUUAAAAUUAAAAUUAUUGCACCACCAGAACGGAAAUAUUCCGUAUGGAUUGGUGGUUCAAUUUUGGCAUCAUUAUCCACUUUUCAAACUAUGUGGAUUUCCAAGCAGGAAUAUGAUGAAUCUGGACCAGGAAUUGUACAUCGUAAAUGUUUCUAAGCAAAUUAGUUUUGUAUUAAAAUUACAAAAAUAAUGGAAUGGGAACGCUAUAACUGAAUUUUUAAUUUUCUUGUUAAUUUUAUUUUUUUUGUUUUAUUUUUUAUCUUUGCUCUAUAUGAAGACACAAACGUAUCUCUAGUCAGUGUUUUUUUUUGAAUUUUUUAAUAAUUGUCAGCAACAAUCAACAACGUAAUAUCAAAGAAGACAACACCUAAUUGUGAACACACACAGUGAACUUUUUACACAAAAUUGUACAAUAUGUAAGAAUAGUUUAACAUCGCUGUUACAAACGCUAUAAGUUCAUACAUAAAUUUUUCUUUUUUUUUUUUUGAAUAAGUUUUACACGAUCGAUUGCCAUAAUAUUUAAAAAAAAUGUUAAGCACAAUAUUUUAUAAAAAAUUAAUAAGUAAAAUCUCUAAAAAUCUAAUAAAGUUUAUUAAAAUCUUAUA